AUGGCCCAACAAUACAGUUUACUUCCCGCAUCAUCUGUGAUCAAGUCCAAAAUAGUCAACAUUUACAACGCUGGAUCUGUGGUCUUCCGUCGAGAUUUCCAACAAAAGAAGAAAAAGUUGAACCAAAUGCAACCAUCAACGAUCCUGCUAUAUCACACUCCAACCGGGCCAAUUGAAGAAGCUGCCUUGUUUGAAGAGGAAGACGGUGAUGACGGCAAAAAUGAAACCUAA